AUGACCGGUUUGGAAUUCGUGAAACGUGGGACAAAGAUCGUUCUACUCGGCGUCGGUUCGUUCAAUCCGCCAACGAUUAUGCAUCUACGAAUGUUCGAGAUUGCUCGCGAUCACCUCGAGAUGAUAUUAGGAUGCAAAGUUGUUGAGGGAAUCAUGAGCCCAGUUGCCGACACGUACGGAAAAACCAAUCUAGCAAGUGCUACUCACAGAUUAGAAAUGACGCGACUUGCGGCAGCAACAUCGACGUGGAUUCGGGCAGAUGGAUGGGAGAGCACGCAGAAAAGUUGGUCACGAACACUUCAAGUCCUUGGACAUCAUCAAGAACAAGCGAAAGAAAAAUACGGUAAUGAGGUUCGAUUGAUGUUGGUGAGAAUCUUUUGGCAUCCAAAUGAUAUUUCGUCGAUUGUGAGCGAUUAUGGACUCCUUGUGAUUUCUCGCGAGAACUCGGAUCCGUUGGGAACGUUGAAUAAGAUGGAAUUUCUUCGAAACAAUCAAGAAAAGGUUCAAUUCAUAACCGAAGAUGUUUGUCCAUGUGAUGUCUCGGAAAUCUAUAUGGUCAAUGAGAGCGCUCUGAUUGGGGAGCGGCUUGCACAAGGUAUUACCCACAAUAAUGAGAAGGAUGAGAAGACGGUGACUAAAGAGCUGUCAUCCCCACGAGGCCCGAUUCACCUAGUUAUUCCAGCCACCGCAAAAAGCAUUCCAGAUAUCGACGCCUGCGAUGAGCUACCGUCAUCAAGUAAAGAGUCAAAAACGAUGAGUGUUUUUACUGACGGACAACCACACCAACAAAAAAACUCUGACCGUGGACGGUUUCCCUUUUCUUUGAAAACAUCAAAAUUUUGGCUACGACUUCUGCGACCGUGGAAGUGGAGAAAUUUGAAACGAAGCAGGGAUAAAAAUGGAAUGGUUAGAAGUGGUAGCGCAGAUGUGAUUCGAUCAACGCCAAAUGUCAUUCGUUGUCCACCAUCGCCAUCGUUGCCCUCGCUGAUGCACAGUAGAGAGCUCGCAUCAUUGCCCGAUUUCAAAAGGAGACAAAGCCACGAUGUUGAGGCUUCAGCUGCUGCUUUGUUGAGUCAAGAAGAAAUGAGGACCACAUAUGUGCACAUUGGAGAUGAGUCGUCGUUAGAAGAAUCACUCGAAAGUGUCCCGGAAGUAAAGAACAGCCCUCCACGUGCUCCGGGUGUUGAGGUGAUUCGAGUACGGGCCGUUUCUCAUCAACCGCAAAAACACGUGGUUUUCAUUCAAGAUAAUCAAACAUUUAUUGACUCAACAGCUCUUCCGGGGACAAACGAAGCCACUUUGUACAAGCCACUGCAAGUAGAUCUAUCUCACUCAUUGACCGUUGCAUCGAAUCGUCAAAAACUUGAUUUCGAGGCAUUCUUCAACGGCGAAGAAACGGAAAACGAAGACGAGACUAGCGAUCUGAUGAGACCAAAGGAUCACAAACAACAAUUUGCUGAAGUUGCCGCUAAAGAGCCCGAUCUCAACGCGAUACCAGGACGUCCCGCUUUGCGAAGGCCCGGGCAGCCAUCUCGUGUUCGACUCCGACCACCCAACAAUGGUUCACCGAAGAAGAAUGUUGCCGAGAAAAGAACUGUGAUCAACGAUGAUGGACUAAUCACUCGGCUUACUGAUGACAGUGAUAGUGAUGGGGAAAUACAAUACAGAGAUGAUCCCAUUUCUACACCAAGCAAAUCUUUAUCUGAUCUCCCGCCAUUAACCCGUUCCGAUGACGAAGAAGAUGAGGAAGAAGAACCGGCUAUUGCUGAUGGUCUGGCUUCAAAGGUUUUCCGUAAAGACACAUUUGCGUUACGUUUGGAUGUGAAAGAGGACUUCAACGGUCAAACGCCCGAUGAAAGACGUGAAAAUAUGCAGAAUGCAUCCGCAAAACUUCUACGAAAGCUGAGUGAGCGGCCGACGGCGAACGAGUUGAUGAAUCGGAAUAUUUUGAGGGGAGAUGAAGAGGCGAGCACGAUGGAGGAGAAAAGGAAAAUGCUGUUGAGAAAGUUAUCGUUUCGUCCGACGAUCCAACAGCUCAAAGACCAACAAAUCAUCCAAUUCAAUGACUAUGUCGAGGUUACUGAAGCUGAGAUCUAUGAUCGAAAAGCGGAUAAACCGUGGACGAGGCUCACCCCAUCUGAUAAAGCUUUGAUACGAAAAGAACUGAACGAUUUCAAACAAACUGAAAUGGAUGUACAUGUGGAUAGUCGAAAGUUUACGAGACUUCACAAGCCC